AAUAGAACAGACCAAUAAAUAAAAGCCCAUUCCUUCCUUCUUUGGAGACCGGUCAUCAAGUGAAGCCAACCAACUCUCUCACUCCAAAAAACUAAAACUAAAACCAAAAUCAAAGACAUAGCCAAAACAAGCUUCAACCCUUCAUCUUCGAUGGCGUAAAGCAACCCCCAGUGCUUUGCGUGCCCGAAACCACUCAUCAAAAUAAGCAAUAAUCUCAUGAAAAAUCGGAGUCUUUAAAAGAAAAGAAAACAGAGUGAGUUAGUGAGUGAGUUAGAGUGAUUGUGAUUGUGAUUUUGAUUUCGAUUUUGAUUGUGGUUUGAUUUUCAUAUGUUUAUGAAGAUUGAGAUUAGUGAGAAUUUUCAAUCUGGGAAAGCACGGAGAUUUGUUUUUGGAGGGUAUUUUCGAUUGCAUCCAUGAAAUUACAGUGGCUCUGUCUUUCUUCUCCGAUAGAAUGACAGACUCUGCUUACAGAGUCGAAACGACGUCGCGUCUCGCUCAAUGGAGGAUCGACAACUUGUCCUCCUGCACUUACAGAAAGUCCGAUCCUUUCAAGAUCGGAAAAUGGAAUUGGCAUUUAUCUGUUGAGAAAAACAGAGUGUUGUUCGUUAAAUUAUACCCAGAGAUAUCGAAUUUAACGAGAGAGACUCCACCGAUUGCUUCUUUCAUUAUUAGAGUGGUCGGUUCUGUUGGUGAUCGUAAGGCCUUGAUUCAUCCUGAGAUCACUGAUAAACAGCUCAAGAACAACGACGAUUUCAUUUGGGCUAUUGAUGUUCCUUUAACUGGAAAAUUCAUCAUUGAUGUUGAAUUUCUUGAUUUGAAGAUUGCUUCUCCUACUGGUGGAGAGCCUUGUUCAAUCUGGGGAGAUGGACUAACACAAAAACAAUCAAAUACAACAGCUCUUUCCUCCCUUAGUAAAAUGUUAACAGAAAGUAUCCACACAGACAUUGUAAUCCAUGCUUCCAACGGCAGCAUUGGAGCUCACCGCGCUGUACUCGCAGCAAGAUCACCCGUUUUUCGCAGCAUGUUCUCGCAUGAUCUCAAAGAGAAAGAAUUAUCCAUCAUAAACAUCUCGGACAUGUCCAUAGAAGCAUGUCAAGCUUUCCUCAACUACAUCUAUGGCAACAUCCAACACGAAGAGUUUCUCUUCCACAGGCUGGAUCUUCUUCGCGCUGCAGACAAGUAUGACAUCUCGGACCUCAAAGAGGCAUGUCACGACAGUCUGCUCGAAGAUAUUGACACGAAGAAUGUUCUCGAAAGACUUCAAAACGCGUCGCUCUAUCAAUUGCCAAAACUCAAGGCCAGUUGCAUGAGGUACCUUGUGAAGUUUGGUAAGAUAUUCGACAUUCGAGAUGAUUUCAAUGCUUUCUUGAUAUCUGCUGAUAGAGAACUCAUUGCUGAAAUCUUCCAUGAAGUUCUUGGUGCUUGGAAAGGCUUCUAAAAGGAAUGGGAUUUGUGUCUUGAUUGGGUUGGUUUUUUUUUUUAUCAAGUUUAAAAAAGUCCAUAAAGAUGGAUUUUUAGAAAUCUUUAGUAUGCAGAAUUUGUUGUCAAGAAGAUGAUUCUUUUGUGCAUAUGGGAUUUGAUUUUAGAUCUUGAUGAUUAUGUAAAUAUAUUAUUGGUUUUUUAAGACACUGAUCUUUGUAUAAUAUCUUUGUCACAUAACCCACAUUCUUGAAUGAAAGAUCCAAUAUAUUUAUUUCA